CACUUGGUGGGUGGACUGCAAGGCGUGAUCCACUCAAACCGACAGAGUCGACGUGUUCAAAUCUGUGGUUACGAUCAUCUCUAGUCGGGUAGGUUACGCCUCGACCCCGUUGCGUAACUACUGCCUGUCCAUGAUGCCUGAAGAACCGAUCCACAGCAAGCUACAGCCGGCGUUGGGCGUCUCCGCUCUACUUGUGGCUCUUUACAUUAUUCCGUUGGAGUCCGUAGGGUACCUGCUACGUUUUCUAGUGCUGGUGUACCUGGUUUUGUCUAUCCUCGACGUGCUUUUGACUCGCUAUCAUCGCUGGAACUUCUCGUCAUCAGAACCAAAACCUCAAGUCAAACAUGUUACGCUCAUCACGGGAGCGUCGUCCGGACUGGGCAAGGAGAUGGCGUAUCAACUGGCUGAAAAAGGGCAUUCCCUACUGCUAGCAGCUCGAACGACGUCCGUGCUGGAACGUAUGCAGACGGAGAUCGAACAGGUUCAUGAAGGGAUCAAAGUAUCGUUCUGCGCGUGUGACUUAGGCUCCGAGACAGGUAUCAACGCUCUGGUAGCGUACGCAACCAAGAACGGACUUGUGGUUGGCAUUCUCGUGAACUGCGCCGGGUUCUCCAUCACGAAAGACUUUGUCAAGCUUUCGCAGACGCAAGUUACACAGAUUAUGGCGUUGGAUAUGGCGGCCGUGGCGCAGCUUACACACGCAUUCGUGCCGCAGAUGGUGGGGCGUGGAGUUGGAAGAGUGCUCAACAUCGGCUCGAUGGCCGGCUCGGUCGUGACGCCGUCGGCUGCGUUGUACAGCAGUGCAAAGGCUUUCGUUAUCAACUUCAGUCAAGGACUCGACUACGAGCUGCGCGGCACGGGCGUCACCGUCACCUGCUUCUGUCCCGGUCCAGUGCACACGAACUUUGGACGCACUGCAGAUUGCGACGACGCAAUCUACAUGAACAUCCCUGGGACUGCAUGCACACCGAAGGACUGUGCAGCGCUGGCUUUACAAGCGAUGUUUCGUGGUCAGACGAUGGCGUACGAUACCUGGUUUGCCCAAAUCUCGGCAUUUCUGGGAGCGUGCGUGUCCCCAAGACGGCUCCUUGCUGCAAUUUGUGCCGUGUGUAUGAAUGCGCCGAACAAGGCAGCACAAAUGCUUCGCUGUUAGGAUAAGAACGCUUAUCGAAACGUUUGAACAGUACAUCAUUUUUGAUUGAAAAACUUCACAUA